CGUUUGGGUCGUCAGUCGCGUCGAGUAAGUUGUGCGGUUGUGAUCAAGUUUCUCAUCUGGGUGCAACACAUUGUCGCAUUAAACGCGUCGAAAAAGAUUCAAAAUAUUCACAACGGCGUAUUUCUACAACAGAUUUCGUUGCUCUCUUUCAGUGUCGUGUGUUAGUGUUGUACGUGAUGGCCCUGUUUCAAUACUGAAGAGAAAACGACGUAGAAAACGAGCUCUCUCCUGUAGUACCCAACGGCCUCGUUGCAGACAGCAACGAUUUUUUUUUUAGUUUUUUUUUCAUAUCUUAUUUAUUCAAUUCAACGACAACGAAAAUUUGAUGAAUUGAAACGCCCAACCAACCGACCCCAACACGGAGAUUAUAAUGAGUUUUAGCCGUCUUGUGCAAAAUGGUCAGAGAGACGCGACAUCUUUGGGUGGGUAACCUACCAGACAACGUUAGAGAGGAACGGAUUCGUGAACAUUUCCAAAGAUAUGGUCGCGUGCAAAGUGUCAAACUUCUGGCCAGGAGUUCCAGCAAGGAUGAAGAAGUCGGCAGUAGUGUCAAUACGGGCUAUUGUGCCGCAGUGGCGUUUAUGGACAUUAAAUCGGCGGCCAAGGCACAUGCCUCGGAGAACAGCCUCGACGAUCGAUGCCUGGUGACGGAUUACUAUGAGCCAUUAUUGGGCGAUCAGGGACGCACGCCCGGCACUACUGCAACCACUGGAUUAGGGUCGUCCAAUACACCCAGCGGUGGUGGUAGUAGUGGCGGUGGAAGUGCUGGCCGAUCGUCGCAUUUGAUCAACAACAACAGUGGAGGAAGUGGUGGUGGUGGUGGUGGAUACGACCGACCAUCUAGUCAUUACUUUGAGCGGCGUGGCGAUCCGGACGGGUCCGGAUCGUUCCUCCGCCGACAAGGGCCGGUCAGCCAUCAUUAUCGGGAUCGACCCUAUCGGAAUAGUAACGGACCAUUUGUGCGAGACAGUGGUGGUGAAAGGAAUUCUGGCCAUUUUCGAUCCGGUGCCGGAUCGGUUACUGGCCCAUCGCCUGGUAGUUGGAAUCCCUACGAACCAGUUGGACCACCUUCAAGUCGUUAUCCGCCGCCCGACUACGGUGGCGGUAUGGACGAUCGUUCGGAACGCAUGUCGCAAACUGACUCGCUGCCCAGCACACCGACCACUGGAAAAAGGACAGUCCCCACUCUUGCUGGUUUGUCUUCCACCAACAACACCACCACCUCCUCUGCUUGUGUCAGCAAUACACCCCUCUCGGCCCGCAAGAGGAAAUCCAGUCGAUCUCCUAGCCGGUCCAGAUCCAGGUCGGAUUCGAGGACACCCCCUAGCAGUAGCAGAAGUCGUUCCAGAUCCCAUUCUCCGGCUUCUUCGGCCUCUGUUCCAUCGCGUUCGCGUUCGAGAUCAACAUCGGGCUCCCGACUUCGAUCGAGGACCUUAUCUCCAGGUGGAUCGAGUUCGCGUUCCAGUAGUCCGCAGUCGGCUACCAGCCGGACGAACAAGACACCCCGUUCCGCCCAAUCGUCGAGUUCUCCGCGAAGUCGAAGUUCACGAUCCUCACAAGGUUCGUCGCGAUCGCCCGGCUGGUUGUCCUCAUCGGCUGGUCCACGGAAUUCGCGCUCGUCCCGUCACCGACUGUCGGCCGGUGGUUGUUCGACGGCCCUCAACACAUCAUCCCCCGCUGGCCAGCUAUGCCAUUCAUCCGGAUCAACAGGCUCUGGUGAUGGUGAUCGCAGGCCAUUGGCCAUUUGUGUCCGCAAUUUGCCGUUGAGGUCGUCAGAUACUAGUCUGAAAGACGGCCUGUUUCACGAAUACAAGAAACACGGCAAAGUGGUGACAGUGAAAGUGGCAGGUCAGGGUUCCGAUCGUGUGGCGAUUGUGCGAUUCAAAAAAGCUGAAGAUGUAGACAAGGCGCUCGAAGUGUCUAGAGACAAACUCUUUUUCGGAUGUAAAAUCGAAGUGACGCCAUGGGAUUCUGGACUUGAUUUAGAUGACAACGAGUUUCGACCGCUUGAAGCCGAUUUGGAUGAGUACCACCCGAAAGCCACCCGGACACUUUUCAUUGGCAAUUUGGAAAAGGAUGUGACUGCCGCUGAAUUGAGAGCCUCUUUUGAAACAUUCGGCCCCAUCAUCGAGAUCGAUAUAAAAAAGCAGAGCCAAGGCUCUUCGGCCGGCACGAGUAGUAGUGCUACGGCUGGUGGAACAGUGACAUCGACCAUCAGUGGUACCGGCAGUGGCAACAGUGGAGGUGUUGGCAAUGCGUCGGCUUCAGCCUCGUCAGCCGCCAAUAACAACAACAACAAUAACAACAAUAACGCCUACGCGUUUUGUCAGUACGCCGACAUUGCGUCCGUCGUGCGAGCCAUGCGGCAUUUAGAUGGUGAACAAGUGGGCAAUACCCGCGUCAAGCUCGGUUUCGGCAAAUCCAUGCCAACCAAUUGCGUUUGGUUGCAUGGGGUGGCUGAGACGGUUGCCGAAAAGUUCUUGGCCCGGCACAUGAGCCGUUUUGGCCAUGUCUCUUAUGCGGCUAUCGAUCGAGAGCGUUUCAAUGGCCUGGUGUUCUACGAUCAGGUCAGUUGUGCCCAGGCUGCCGUCCAGGAAUUGAGAGGCCGGGCACUAGCUGGACGCAAACUACAGGUUGAUUUCGCUUCUCGCGAAUGUCAAGCGCACUUUUUCGAGUUGGUCGAACGUGAACCGAGGAAUAACAGCAGCAGUUCGGCAGCAGCGGCUGCUUUGGCAGUUUCAUCGGCCAUCCAACACAGGCUGCCUUCCGCCACGACGCCGUCGACGUCCAGCCGCACAGUACGCACUCCGUCUUGCAGUAGCCGUUCAUCGACACAUUCAAAAGAACGGACAGGCUCUUCCAGUUCCAGGUCGCGUCAUGGCGGCAAUUUGAGCCGGGACGAAUCGUUGGAACGUGACGGCGAAAUGAAAGACCUGACGGGCGAACGCGACAUAGAUCUCAUCAGCGCUCGUCGCUGUUCUCGGUCGCCUUCGCCCUGCGAAAAGGCCAUCCAUCGGCACGCAUCGGUCGAACCGGAUGUAGUCUCUUCCGGAUCCCCCUACACCUCGCUGGAACGUGAACGAACACGCCGUUAUGGCAGUGGUGGUAGCAGCAGUAGCAGUGGAUUAAGCAUGGAUACUGGAAGUGCUACCGCUCUGCCGACGACAAACGGAUCGGAUGUUUUUACGCGCAUCCGCGAUUUAAGUGAAGAGCGAGUUGACGGUGUUGCAAGUAGUUCUGGUGAGGAUGAGGAUGACGAGGAAGAAGAGGAGGAACAACAAGUUUCGGAUGUCGAAUCGAGGCCGGCUGCAUCCAAAUCGACAUUGUCCGCUUCUAAGAAAUCAAAGAAAAAGAAAUCAAAAUUGAGUGGAAGUAGCGAUAGUGGUGUGAGUGAUGUUAGCACCAACGAGCCCCUCCCGUCCAGCAUUCAGCAGUCAUCGUCACUUCUUGCCGGCCACAUGUCGAAUUCGUCUGGUGGCCCAUCGGCAUUGUCGAUUGUUUGCACGACAUCACAAGCACCGAAACUGUUGCAACCCUUGAGCCGGCCCAGCCGGAGAGUGUCGCGUCUUUCGACGGAUAGUUCGGGCGAUGGAACGGCCAACACAACAACGACCAAACAUUCCCUGCCGCGCAUCAUUCCUUGGGAGGUGGAGACACCCCUGUCGCGCAAGAGCCGGCAGCAGGAACAAGGUUGCAGCCGGCCGGGCACUCCGCUCUGCGACGAGAACGAUGAACCACCGACGGAUCCGCGCAAGGAACGGCCGGUCCGCGUUCCUAUUGAGCGUCCCAUGACGUUACCUUUGCCUCGGUUCGGUUUAGAACUCAAUCUGUCUGGCUGCCGUGGUGUCAGCUCGUGUAAAACAGCGUCGCUGUCGUGUUCCUCCUCGAUUUCCGCAUCCGGGACGCCAUCGUCGUCGGAGGGAACGUUCCGAAUACCGCACCCGCACGGCACCUCAGUCAGUCCGUCGCGAGGCGCUGCCGUACCUGGUUCACCUCGAGGUGGAGCUCCGGAAACUGCGCAACAGCAGCCGGAUUCGUCGUCCGAUUCCGAAUGUUCUUCUGGCUCUUCUCCAAGGGCGUCGCUAAGUACGACGGCCGUUAGUCUGGCGGAACAAUUGAGGCAAUGGGAACAACGAUACGAGCAGUGGUCCAGCCGUUCGGCACAUUCGUCUGGUGAAGGCCCCGUCGUGGCUCCACCGACUGCCCCGACGGCUCAACCCGUAACCACCGUGGCCACUCUGUCGGUAGCGGCCUCUCCGAUAACGGCAGCCGAACGAUAUCGCACGCGCAAAGCCCGUCCAAUGAGUCUAGAGGAGCUGAAAUCGCAAGAACCUUCUGAUAUUGUCCGUUGCUUGCUGGCCAAGCAUUCGGUCUUUGACGAGGAUCUCAAGCGGUUGGAAAGUAGUGGUCGGGAAACGACCGCAACGACACCCACAGUGGCCAGCCCAGCAGUGAACAAAGAGAAGAAAUUGAGUCCAGUAGUAGUCAAUCACGUUUCCGUCCCAGCGUCACCCACCGUCAUCACCAACACCUCGUCGUCUAGCAAUAGCCAAGCUGCUGUAAAGGUGGUCCCGCCCGCCACACCUCCACCGGUCGUCGAAGUCAUCAAAUCGCCGGCUGAACCAUCACCUAGGACUCCGUCUCCUUCACCGCCGCUACCACCUCCGCUGCCCAAUGAAUCGCCACCACCGAGUCCGUCUCCUCCGCCUCCUCCAAUGACCAGAGAAGACGAUUUUUCUUAUCCAGCCGAAGCGAUGGAUGAGGAUUUGAUGGAUGAGACGGAUGGAAGUCUGGUGAUUGCGACUGAAGAGGAAGUGCUCGAUAAGGAGGAAAUCCGGGAGCCUGUAAAUCUCCCUCCGCCACCACUUCCUCCGGCUUCCCUACCGCCGCCUCCGCCGCCGCCACCUCCUCCUCCUCCACCACCACCACCACCCGCAGAAUCACUGGAAGUCAAAGAAUCGCCUCCGCCACAUCCCAGCCCGGUGGAUGCCGCACCGGCAGUCGAAACGGGCGUUGUCGAGGCGCCAUUGAAACCCUCUCGGAGUAACAAACAUCCAGAGUCUUCGUCAUCGUCCAAAUCUUCUUCGUCUAGAGAUGCCAAGUCGAGUGAACGUUCUCGGCAUUCUUCCAGUUCGUCACACCGUAAAGAAAAAUCCAGUUCAUCCUCGUCGUCCUCUUCGUCAUCGUCCACUACCUCUUCCAAGGAUUCCGCCGGAAAUAAGAUACAAGAGAUCAUCAAAACAGAACCAACGACGAUUGAUCCGGCCCUUGCUCGACGGAAGUCUCGCGAAUCAGGCGAACAAACAGCGACCCCGACUUGCAACGAAACGGGGAAACGUCGUCGCAGUGUCGACGGUGGAACGCCGUCUAGCAAAAGGGUUAAAUCGGAGAAAACGGGUGAAACUCGAGAAAAGGAGAAGAGUAGUAAGACGUACGACAAGGAGAACAAAGAGACGACCAAGUCGUCCACCACCAAAUCGGAAAGUAGUCGUCGGGAUUCCUCUAAAUCGCACUGCUCUUCGACGACGACGACGACGACGACGACGACGACCGUCAGCAAAAAACCGAAACAGGAUUUGGAGACGAGCAGCUUAAAACCGUCUACCAAAAUAGAAACGGAAAAGAAGACGCCGCGCGAAGAUUCGGACAAGAAGAGCAGCAAAUCCAGCAGCAAUAAAAAGGAUAAAAAAGAUAGGAAAGAAGAUCGUGAAAAGGAUCGAACCCGAAGACGGGAAGAAGAGCGCGAACGUGAAAAACGUAAAGAAGAAGAACGUGAGAAGCGAAAAGAGGAAGAAAGGGAGAAAAAGAGGGAAGAGGAAAUGAAAUUGAAAGAGUAUAAGGCAAAACAUCAGUCACCGGCCAGCGCCUCGUCAUCGCAUCGGCGACGAAGUGAUGGAGAACGCAGUAAAUCCUCCAAGAGCGAACAUUUAUCGCGUAAACCGUCAGCACCUCCAGCGCGACCGAGCUUGCCCAGCCGGAAGAAAUCGCAAUCGGAUAGCGACAGUAGCAGCAGCAGUAGCAGCAGUUGUGUUGGCGGUAGAGGUGGCCAUCACAGCGACGACGAAACUCACCCUUCGAUGAUGAGAGACGGAAGUAAAGGCACCAGCGACGACGACUCGGAUUCCAAUCAUUCCAACGACCAAGAGAAAGCAGACCGAGAGCUGGCCGAGUUUUUACAAAAUGAGCCCACCUAUUUCUCCAUGUACGACAAAGUCAAGGCCCGCUCACUGAAACUCCAGCAACAAAAACGUCCAGGAAGAAGAGCGGAAGACUGUCCAGCAGCAACAACAAGACAAGUUCUGUGCCCUCCGCCAGGCCCGUUUAGCAGGAGGAUCCGCUCCCACCAGCAAAAGGGAUAAGGAU